AAAAACUAUGAUAUGCCACAAGUUAUAUCAUCCUCUACUUAAAUUUAAAAUGUGAGACAUAAGCUAGUUCAUCAAUCAUCAAAAUACAAAUUUAAAAUCCCAAUGCAAUAACAAUAUCAUAACUUUUCCUUUUUGUUUUUGGUCACAUGGAUGAUUCACGCCAAGCCCAAAACAAUUCCCAGACUUCUUUCCAGAGAGCCAAAAAAAAUUCUGAGUUGGAGAAAUCAAUCAUAUAUGUGUUGCAGUAGUGGUGCAGCCUUUUUGAGUGUAUGUCUGUUUGUCUCCUCAAACAGCUUCCUCUGAUGAAGUAGGGUAGCUCUUAAGUGGUAGAGCACCCAUGUCUACACUCUCUGCGCAUGAGGUCAGUCAUGGGUUCGGGUGGGGUUAAGGGGUAGCAUUUGGACCCAAAAAAAAAAAAAAAAAGGCUUCCUCUGUUCUAUCACAGCUGGACUCUCAAAAGUGGAGCGUCCUCACAAAAUCCCAACAGAAAAACUUCUCUCUUUCUUAUGUUUCAUGUCUAUAAAAACCCAUCUCAGAACUCUCUCAGGCACGUUAUUUUUGAAAACCCCAAUAUGGAGAACAUCAAAGAGAGUAGUGAUCAGAGAGGAAAAAGGGACACAGAGCUUGGAGAUGAUUAUAUGCAUAUGGUUUUGUUCACAGCAGGAACAGCUUUGUUAAUGGCUUGUUUGAAACGAGCAUUAAUGGUGUUUCUUUUAGAGCAGUGGCGAGCAUGGGUUUUUCUUCUUCUCAACCUUGUCCUCUUAGCUAUUCUCUUCACUUCCUCUUUUUCCAACUCAAAACUGGGCCAGGAAAGAGACAAUGCAGAGGUGGUGGUGAAGAAAAUUGAAAGGAAGAAGAAAAAGAAACAAUGUAGAUGCUGGUCGGAACAACUUGUUGAAUCAUGCAAAGAUUGCCAACAGAAAUGUUGGAGAUCAUCAUCAAUAAGUGAUGGGAACGAGAGAUCUACUUGCUUAGAGGAAGAUAUGGAGGUUAAUCAUCCUAAGGCAUACAAAGAGGAAGAUAUGGAAGAUUCUAGGACAUACGAAGAAGAAGAUGUGGAAGCUCCUAAUUUAUCUAAGGAGGAGUUGAAUGAGAGAGCUGAAGCUUUUAUUGUUAUGUUUAGACAGCAUUUGGUCUCCGAUGCAAGGAAAGGUGGAAAACCUUUUCUUUGAUAGGCCACAACGUGUUGAGUUUUUCAUAGUUUCAACCUUGGCACUCUAAAAUGACUUGCAUGAUCUUCUCCUCUGUCUCGAGGAGUUUUCAUUGUUAUUUUAUUGUAUGGAGUUUAGGUUUUUGAAGUAUUUUAGAUUUUUGUAUGUUUCAUUUUUGGAUUAACUAUGUGUAAUCUAGUGUCCAAGUAUUCAUAAUUUUUGUACCACAUCUAUAUAAGAAAAAACAAAACGGGAAGCUUAAUUACCUCAGGUAAUUCUGAUGACCUGGGGGUUAAAUUCCAAGUA